GUUUUGCUGCUGGAGGCAUAACAAGGAAUCUGGAAAUCCUUGAAGGUGUAUUUCUCUAAGACCUUCUACGCCAUGAAGACAUUUUGCCUGCCUCUGUGCGUGCAGUGAAAUGCUGCUCAACAGCAAACAAAGUGAAAGGAAUUAGCUUCAAGGUUUUUGCUCUCUUUACUAUCUGGGUGGAAGAAACAAUCCGGAUGGCUUCUACGAGCAAAAGAAAUUCUGCAGUGAGAACUCAAGAUACGUUUUGCCCUGAAGGUGGAGUCUGCAAGCAUGGAUUUCUCAUCAAAUCACCACCUCCUCAACUUUUCAGCUCACAGAAUUCCUGGAAAAGGCGUUUUUUCAUCCUGUCCAAAUCCAGCAAGGGCAAUUAUAUCCUGAAGUAUCUAAAAGGCCAGAACAUAAAAGGCUCCAUAGCUGUUGAUCAAAUCAUAAAUAUUGAAGUUGGCAUAAGCAAUCCUGAAAUUAUGGAAACGGUGAGGAAGAUGUUUAAAUGCCUUCCUGAACAGGUGAUGUCCAUCAGUACUGGAAACAGAUGUUACUACCUCAUUGGGAGCAGCAGGCAGGAAACAGAGGACUGGGUCACUGCAGUAUCUUCAGUCUGCAGGGAGGUCAAAAGAGGCGGAUGCUGCCCUCAGAACCAAGAUCUUCCAAAUCCAGAAGUCAGAAGCCGGCCCUCCUCUUUGCCACUAUUCUUGAAUUCUGCAGGUACAACCAGUUUCCUGGAAAGGCAAAGUUACCAGAAGGAGAAUGGUCCCUCAGAAGACAAGAACAGGCCUAAUUCAGAUCCUGGCCCUCAUCAGGCUCAGUGCGACUCACCAAGAGGAGUUUUUGCAAGCCUGGAUAAAAAUCUUGGAAAAAGUGAGGAAAAUCUGCUGUCGUCAGAUACAGAUGAAGACAUCAAAAAGGAUGAAGAUGACUAUUACCAAACUCCCAGCAGUAUUUUAGCAAAGUGCACUACGGAAGUAGCAAAGCCUGACCCUACAGCUGAGUCUGAUGUUGCUGUGCAAGAGAAGCCAGUGCAGAAGAACCCAGUAAAGGAGAACAUUUAUAUGUCAAUGAAAUCACUUAGGUUGCUGGAUGACAGUUGCCAGCUCACGUGCAGAUGUGAUGGGUUCCUGUCUCUUCCCAAAUGCCAAGACAACAGUGCAUGUCCAAGAGACUUGGAAGCAAACACAGACCUACAACUUCCAGAAAGCAGCAUCAGCCAGCAGCCAACCCUUCAGAGAAGGCAAAAUUCAUUACCACUUUCAGUGAUUCAGUUGUCUAUACUGCUCAGUCAAGUUACAGAUAAGACCCAGCUGCAGAAUUUGGAUAUUUUUGUCCCCCUGGCUGAUAUUAAGAGUUACCUAAAACUUACCGAAGCAGCAGGACAAAUAUGUGUCUCACAGUGGACUGGUCCUUGCCGACUGGGAUGUUUGUUUAAUCACGGAGACCACAUAGUGGCUGUGAAUGAUCUGCAACCCCAGGACGUGGAGGAGGCUUACUUCUUCAUCAGCAGAUCCACAAGAAAAGAGGUGAAACUUACUGUACGUAGGAUUCCACAUUCGGAUAUCUUCCAUGUUAAAGGUUGCUCAUGUUCCUGAAAAAAAGACCUCAAUGAUUAAUGGUGUUCAAAGGUCUGUUUGUGCUGAAUUCUGCAUCAAGACAGAGGGAAACCCCAGUUCUGGAACUACAGAGGGUGAACAUGGAAGAAAAGACAUUCCCUGGGAGCUCUUCUCCAAAGCUGCUGCGAGACUCCUUUGCUUUGCACUGCCUCUUUGAGCGCAACAAACCCAUUUCUGCCUAAGGAGUCUCUGAGGGAUGGAAUGGCCAGCCCAUCAUGCAGGGCUUCUUCCAGCUCUUGAACUGUGUCAGCCUGCUAGGACAGUCCUCUGGGCCUGAAUCCUAAAACCACAGAUGAUCUAGGUCAAGAGUGUCAAGAGGGUGUCACCCUCGACUUUUCCUGCCCAAGAUUUGCCUAAGCUCUUCUUCUGAACUUCAGAAAAGGAAAGUCCAAACCUUCCUGUGUUAUUCCAAGACUCAUCUCUCUGUAUAAUUAGCAAGGGUUUUUUUCCAAAUAUUUAUCCUAGAUGAUCUUUUUAGGCAAAAAAAACAACAACCAAACCACAACUGAUUUUUUUCUUACCCUGUUUUCAGUAGGCACAGGGAAUGCUUGAUUCCACUGUUUCCAGAGAAAUCUUCAUUCCAGAAGGUGUUUGUUCUGCCUGUUCUUCCUUCUCUUUUUUUAGACCAAACAUCCUGCAUUCUUUCAACAUUUUUUCAAACAUUUCCUGAAAGUAGUCAUAUGUCACUGAACUGCAGGACAAAUACCUUGUUUUCCAGUUACGGGUGAACAAAGGAGGUGAGACAGCUGUAAAACUAUUUCCUGGAACUUCAUAGAGAAAAAUUUCCAAAAAGAGGUGAACUAGCUGAAGCAGCUGUGAACCAUAGGUGGUGGUGGUGGGAGGAGAGCUGCCACCGUCAAACCUGCACGCGGCGUUGCUGCUGAAGCAGAUGUUGAGCAACAUACACUGCACCUCUCGGCUGUGGAAAAAUGUUACUUUUAGACAAAAAUAAGAUUUGGGUAGAUAUAGCAUGCACAAGAUAAUUCCAGAAUAUUUCAGAAAACUGGGGAAUUACUUCUGUACUUCAGUAAACAGUUACUGAUGUGUUACCCUGUAAUUGAUCAUUACGUCAGUUUACACAAUGAUAAAUGCAGAUAAUUAAUGUCACGUAUUGGCUGAUUCAUAAUGCUUACAGAGAUACAAUACAGAGUUGACAUUGGUACAGUAAAUCCUGUUAGAGUGUGUGAAGUUGUCUGCCCACAUGUGAUUAAUAAAUGUGUUAACACUUUACAAGAUAUUGUAUUGUAAAUUUUCUCAUUUCCUCCUGACACAGCCCCUCCUCGUCCUCCAAAGACUACCUGUAACUUCCCAGUAACCUGCAGCUGAGUCAUCAAAAAGCCCUUUCCAAAAAAGCUACCCUUAAAAAACAAGAUCAACCUCAUUCUGUAACAUUUUUCCCCAAUGUGAAAAUUUUACCUUUCUUCAAAUGAGCAAAUUCUACUAAAUCUCUGGGCUGCUUCUGGAAGCAACAGCAAAGGGAAACGCCUACAUGUGUGGUGUUACCCAGUGCUCACUUUUAGUCCUGGAAGACCUGAAGGGAAUGUCUUUAAGCCCAUGCUGCCUGAGGGGUAACUGGUAAUUUUUUUAGAUCACCUGUAGUGAUUUUAAACAUGUCAUGUGAGCAAACAGAUGAUAGUGUAACUUCUUGUUGCAGCAUGCUCUGUGGUGUCAGAAUCUUUUCUUAGCCGAUCUCCAGGUACAUUUUGGGCUAUGGAGGGUUCCUGACACAGGUGUUUAAAUUGACAUGAGCUGAAAUUCAGUGAAUCCGCAGACAUAAAAUGCAGCUGGAAGAAGGCUGCAGAUCCUGAAAUCUUCUUGCGCUACUGAUCCCGUGAAGUAACCUGCUCAGGAGCAGGGGCCAGUGCUGGCCACAACACACACCACUUUGAAUCACUCAGCAUCUGCGAACUGGGUGUACGAGAGACAAAGAGACAAAACCCAACCGACUGCAACACAGAUUACAUGAUCA